CAGAACAUACUGACCACUACGUCCCUAUAUAAGGUAGAGUCUCACCUGCUUCUGACAGAGAUCUGUUAGCUGUAGGAUAAGAACUCUCACAAACAUACAACAUGGCCCUGUUUCCUUUGGUUGUCGUGGCUUGUUCGCUGUCUGUAGUGCUUGGUCUUCACAUACUUCCAUGUGAACCAGGCAUGGCGGGAGAAUUAGGCUGCGAUAAUUACUUCAGUCAGUCCCAAGCAAGAGGUAUUGCAAUGGAGCCCGAAUUCCGUGACCGCGGCCUUGGUGACCAAGGAUUCGGAGAACGCUUUGGAGGACUAAAUUCGGACCAGUUCUUCGAUGCAGGAGUGCAAGACCAAUUCUUCGACGGAGGAAUGAACGACCAGUUCAUUGUUGGUGGGCAGGAUCAGUUCAUUGGAGGAGGUGCCCAGGAUCAAUUUGUUGGCGGCAGUGGUGGUAAUUUUGUGUCUGGUGGAUUCGAACCCGACAUCGGAGGAGUCCAGUCGUUCGGUAGUGACCAGGGACUUUUGUUAGAUAGAAGUGUUGGCCUGUCAAAUGCUAGAGGAGAUAUGGGCUUGCAAAAUUUUGGAGCAAGAGGAAUCGGGAUUUCAAGUAGGUUUGGCAAAGGAAAAUCUCGUAGAAUAUCCUCGAGUGCCAGUUAUCCAAAAGGUUUCGGAAUGUCAGAAAUAUCCUCCAGUGCUAGUUAUCCAAAAGGUUUUGGUAUGUCGAAAAAAAGCCGUGGUUCCUUCCCAUCCAUUGGACAAUCGGCACGAGUCAGCACGGGGAUGCUGGGUUUCGGAAGACAAAGAGGAUAUCCUAAAUUCCAAAACAGAGGUAUGGGAAUGAGCAAAGGGUUCUAUCGACCAUCUCUUAGCUACCCAAAACGCGGACGGAGCAAGGGCGGUAUGGGAGGAUGGAGAGGAAAGGGACUCUCUAACUCUCGCGGCAUGGGCAGAAGUUACAGUAAGGGGAUCGGAAGGGGCCGCAUGUUUAACACGGGAUCCUGGGGACAAGGAAUGGCGUACCCAAAGGGAAUAUCUAGACCUUCAUUUUCAUCUUCCAAGAAACGUUCUGGUGGCUAUUAAUUCAUGUCUUUUCAUUUAAUAAAUUAUUAAUUUAUGAUUUAA